CUGCCAGCCAUCUUCGGUAAGUGACUGGAAUAAGCAGUUGUUGGCCCACUCGACGUUUCUCGAGCUGCGACGUGAGGUAUAAAGAGCCUAUCUCAGAGCCUUUGCUUGACCAUCUAGGUCCUCAUCUAUCUGCAUCCACGGCACAAUCAUUUGAGGAGAUGUCUUCCAACGCUGGAGCUAACGAGGAAGACUUCCUAUACGACUGUAUUGUGGUCGGUUCAGGCCAUGCCGGGUCCUGCGCUGCGCUCUCAGCCGUAGAACAUGGCUGCAGACCCGAGAGGGUAUUGAUCAUCGAGAAAGCACCAGAGGAAUGGGUGGGUGGGAAUGGAUAUUUCACGGCGGGAGCCCACAGGACUGUCCACUCAGGACUCUCAGACAUCCUUCCCUUAGUAACGAACGUCCCUCCCUCCCUCUCCACCAAGAUCGACAUGGAACCAUACACCUCCCAGGCCUUUCUCUCCGACAUCCUCCGCAUGUCGUCCAACCGAUCCUCCCUCCCACUCAUCAACACCGUGGUCUCACAGUCCCGCGAUGCGAUCGAUUGGCUGGCGAAGUUUGUAGGCGUACCGUUUACGUUGAGUUUUAAUAGACAAGCGUAUGAGGUGGAGGGGAGGAUGAAGUUUUGGGGUGGGAUGGUCUUGAGCGUGGAGGAUGGCGGGAAGGGGAUGAUUGCGGCGGAUGGGAAGGCUUUGAGGAAGUUUGGGGUUAGGACGAGGUUCGAGACGAAGGCGGUGGAGUUGGUGGUGGAAGAUGGUGGAGAUGGAAAGGAGAAGGGUGUGAAGGGGUUAGUAGUGGAGAGCAAUGGGAAGAGAGAGGUUUUGAAGAGCAAGGCCGUCGUCUUGGCGGCGGGAGGGUACGAAGCGAGUAAAGAAAAGAGAAAGAAGUACCUUGGUGAAGCAUGGCAGAAUGCACGGGUUCGUGGUACGCCGUAUAAUACUGGAGAUUGCAUCGAUAUGGCAGUCACAGUGGGCGCAAAACUCUCGGGCGAUUGGGAGGGCUGUCAUUCAACUUGUUGGGAUGCUAACGCUGACCCCGACACUGGCUCGCGCCUUCUCUCGAACCAAUACACGAAAUCCGGAUACCCUCUCGGUCUAAUGCUCAACUCUCGCGGCCUUCGCUUCGUCGACGAAGGCUACGACUUCCGAAACUUCACCUACGCCAUGUUCGGGCGCAAAAUCCUCGAGCAGCCUGGCGGUGUGGCGUGGCAGAUCUAUGAUCAGAAGGUGGUCAAGUGGCUGAGGCAAGAAGAGUACGGCGAUAACGUCGUGAAAAAGAUCUGGGGCGACACACUGGAGGACUUGGUGGCGAAGUUGGCGGACGAUGGACUGGAGGAUGACGAACAGUUCAAAAGGACGAUUGCGGAGUAUAAUGAGGCCGUGCAGAGGUUUGGCCGGGAGUUGAAGAAGGAGGGUAAAGAGGUGAAGUGGGACCCGGCGGUGAAGGAUGGGUUAGGCACAGAGGGGCUGGAGCUAAGUAAGUCGAAUUGGGCGUUGACGGUGAACGAGGGACCAUUCCUUGCUGUCAAAGUAUCAUGUGGUGUCACAUUCACGUUUGGUGGAUUGGAGAUCGAUCCGAAGACAGCGGGCGUAGUCCGUGCUGACGCCGGGGACAGCGGAAAGAAGACGAUAGAGGGGCUGUUCUGUACAGGUGAGAUGGUUGGUGCCUUGUGGUAUGGGAAUUAUCCGGGCGGGAGUGGGUUAACGGCAGCGGCUGUUUUUGGAAGGAUUGCCGGGAGGCAGGUGGCGAAGUUAGUUUCGGAGAGCACAUGAGGGUGGUGGUCUAGAUGGCAACUGCAUGAGAUGUGAACUGGGUAUGUACGGUAUCUCGCUAUUAUCUCGUCGCACGCUGAGGGCAUCGGGGUGUUCCUUGGCACCCGGUUCGUUUAAAUAAUUGUGCUGUGGGAUGUGUGCUUCGGAGACUAGCCAUAUGCAUUUAUAUCUUCGACGGCCUCGUUGAAUGCAACGUGCUUUCACCGUUAGGAAGUUGAUUAUCGGUCAAAUCUCUGCGCUACGACUCGAACUUCGUCUUGUUGCAAUUUCCACGAUGCUGUAACAAUGACAUUUCCAUUUGUGGCGAACAACGGCAAAACAACGGUGACACAUGGACAAUGGGGCCCGGUUCCGGAUGCUGA